UAAGUGACUGGGAGGGGAGGGCUGGGCUCAGCACAGCGCUGGAUGAGAGAAGGGUCCCAUUAAUCCCCGUUCACUCCAGCCCAGUGCCUCAUUUCCCCAAGGUUCAUUCAGAACAACAACAGCUCAUUUUUUUGUACUGCAUGAAAGACACUCUCGCUCCGUGCUCCCCGGAGUACAGCUGACAGCAGCAGAUACCCUUCCCACGUCAGCAGCUCCGGUUCCCUCCUCCCAUCCUUCCCCUGUCUGUGGGCAGGGAGCUCUCCUACAUUCGGGUUCACAAAAGCUCCGUCCCGGCUGCGCCCCGGCUCAGAGCAGCCCGAGCCGUGCUGCUGGCAGGAGCGGGGCCGCCUGCAGGGAGCAGUGCCUGCACAGCCUUCUCCUGCAGCUGGGUUACGCGGGUUUGUUCAAAGCGUAGCAAUAAAAACACCAACAUGCGAUGACUGCGGGCACGGCGGUGCUGCGUUAUACCAAAUUCAUCGCCUGCCUCGUUAGCUGAGUCGCUGGAGGGCAAAGCGAAGCCGCAGCUCCAGCAAUAAGGAGCAGGACGGGGUUACGCACCGAGGCUUUCAUGUGCGCGUUCCCGUGGGCCGCAGGACGGGUCCCGGCUGUCCGUCUCGCAGUUUGUCCCAUUUAAACGUGAAGUUGAUGGAAGGCGAAAGGAGAGGUUGUGCCGCCGCUCCAAAACGCGUCCUCUGGAGCCCUGAGCCCGCGGAGCUGUUUCACAUGAGGCAGGGAAUGAGUCAUGCUCAUGAAAAGGGCAAAGAAGAUUUUUUUUUAAAGAAAUAUAUCGCAGUUAAAUUAGUUUAGACAGCAUGACAUCAGAGAGUAAUUAAAUCGGUUUGUUGGAAUUCCGUUUCCAAUUCCUGAGCUCAGGUUUGUAAAAGAUUUCUGAGCACCUGCAGGUCUCUGUGUGUGAAAUAUUUUCACUGGAAAGGAUUCAAAACGUUAAAAAAAAAAAAAACAGCCCUUUUAACACAGAGGCAGCAUUACGCCAUUCUUCCUUCUCGGAAAAAAAACCCCUCCGAUUUAAACAGGACUCCUUCAACUUUUCAGUCAGUUUUACAGAAGAAAACGAGGUGGUAAACUUUCUCUUUUCAAGAACGAGCCCUUUACAGCCACGAACUGAAGUCAGGGGAGAGCGCGUCUGAGAGCAGGAGCAUUUCCACUAUGGGACUGGAUACGAGCACUGAACAACCAGAUUUGCAAUGUUUUAAUCUCGAUCGAAAACCACUUUUGCUGACUUUGGUUUUUAAUUUCUUUCAUGUUUUCUUCUGCCAAACUGGAGGAACCUUCCCUGAUUUUUUCUUUAGCGGCAUUCAGAGGAAGACCAGAGGAUGAAAAUCCUGCAUUUUCUCACUUUACUGCUUUGGCAUUUGACUUGGCUGUCUCUGGAUCUAGUUCCUGGAGCACUGAGCAAUUCUGAAGCAGGCCAGAGUAAUCCGGGGUCUAAAACAGAUUUGUUAAAAGCAGAAGGAAAGGAGAGGACUCCCUCAGCACGGGCAGGCACGCCACGGGCUGCGAACCAUGGAUUUAGCACCGGGACCUCGAAGGCAAGGACUAAAAGCAAUGCUGCUCAGCCUGGAGCUCUGCUGGCCAAGAACGACGAAUCACAGAGGGUUCUUUCAAGAGCAGCUGCCUCAGAGGCAAAGGUAGGACAUCUCCCGAGCAGACCUUCUGGAGUAAGGACGGUGACUCCAAAGGUCCCAAAUCUUAGCAGCAAGACGGCUUUGAAAAAACCCAGCACGAGCAGUGCUGAUAGCAGCGCUUUCAAAACGAAAAAGACUAAAGAGCCUGUCACCCAAAGGGAAGCUAAGGAAGCUUUCAGACAGCCCCCUAUAACGCCACAUGAAUACAUGCUCUCUUUGUACAGGACUCUCUCAGACGCAGAAAGAAAAGGUGUUAAUGGAAGUGUAAAACUGGAGGCUGGACUUGCCAAUACAAUAACCAGCUUUAUAGACAAAGGACAAGAUGAGCGAGCGCCAACCAUAAGGAAACAAAAAUACAUUUUUGACAUCAGUGCAUUAGAAAAAGACGGCCUGCUGGGAGCAGAGCUUCGGAUACUGAGGAAAAAGCCUUCUGAUGCUUGGAAGUCUCAUUCUUCUGGAAAGACUUCCCAAGUGAAAUUGUUUAGUUGCUCUACCAACAGACAAGCAGCGACGCUCCUGGACUCUCGUAUUGUCAGCAUCACAGAUACACCAAAAUGGGAAGUGUUUGACAUCUGGAAGCUUUUUAGGAACUUUAAAAACUUGGUCAACUUGUGUUUCGAACUGGAGACUUUUGACAGGGGGAGAGCGGUUGAUCUCAGGACUGUGGGAUUUAACAGAACGGGAAGACAGGUCAACGAAAAGGCUCUCUUCUUGGUGUUUGGGAGGACAAAAAAAAGGGACUUGUUUUUCAAUGAAAUCAAAGCUAGAUCCGGCCAAGAUGACAAAACCGUGUAUGAGUACUUGUUCAAUCAGAGGCGGAAGAGAAGAGCUCCUCUAGCAACACGGCAAGGGAAGAGGCCCAGUAAGAACCUGAAGGCAAGGUGUAGCAGAAAAGCCCUCCAUGUGAAUUUUAAAGACAUGGGCUGGGAUGACUGGAUAAUAGCACCCUUAGAAUACGAAGCAUAUCACUGUGAAGGUCUUUGUGAGUUCCCCCUCCGAUCCCACCUGGAGCCCACCAAUCAUGCAGUUAUCCAAACUUUAAUGAACUCAAUGGACCCCGAAUCGACGCCUCCUACUUGCUGUGUUCCAACCAGGCUGAGUCCUAUCAGCAUUCUUUUCAUUGACUCUGCAAACAAUGUGGUCUACAAGCAGUAUGAGGACAUGGUGGUGGAGUCGUGUGGCUGCAGGUAGCAGAACAGUUGCUCAUGUGAAUAUGCUAUGAAAGAUAAUAUGACGCACUGAACAUAACCUCUCCUGAAACAAGGUUAACUUAAUUUCUUACCUCUAGGGUAUGUUUACAAGGAUGUAGCACCAAAUCCAGCCAUUCUGUAUGUUUUUCCACCAUCUCUCCACUUUGGGCAUAUUUCAAUUGCAUUUGGACACUGUCACAGAGCCCAGUAUAAAGCCACGUGUUGGCAACACAAGACUGGCUCUACCUAAAGUCUGCGACAGGGAAGAUUUGACCUCCAUGCCUCUAAAUCACCUGCUUUUUACCCUAGAGGCAGUGUGUAAAAAUGGUAUUGGUGAGCUGCGACCUGUCUGAUCCUUUGAACAACAUUCUUGAGACUGAAUCUAUGUCUGAGUCCCAUGUGCAUUGUCCAUUAUGAGCUGUAAGGAAAUAGUCCUGAUGUCUAGAAGAGAGGGUUGUGUUCUGGCACGCUCCCAUCUUGGUGUAAAUAGUUGUACUGUAAUAUGGUUUCUUUCUGAUUAGCUCUCAAAACUAUGCAUAUGAAAAAAAAGGAGUAAUUAAAUGUAAUGUGUUGAUAUAGUUUUAAGUUGUACAUGGAGAUGGGUGACGCAGGAGGCGUUCCUUUCCAUGUAUGCUUUCCUCCAAGCUACGUAUCUUUCCUAAGUAUCCACCUUUCCAUUAUUGUGUAGCAAGAUAUAUUACUCUGUAUAAGGUCCAAGUUGUUCUCAAAUGCUCCUAGUAAAAGUGCUCAGUUAUGGCAUAA